UCAAAAACCUCGUGGCUUGUCGGUGUGAUACUUUACAGGUCUCUUGUAAACAGAUGUCAAAAUGGUAAAUAAAGAUCAAGUGAAUAAAGACGUGCAGGAACUAUUUCAGGAUGACAAAUAUUCGAUUCUGCUUCCGACUUACAACGAAGUCGAGAAUUUGCCAAUAAUAAUAUGGCUUAUUGUCAAAUAUAUGGAAGAAAGUAAACUCUCCUAUGAAAUCAUCGUGAUAGACGAUGGUUCUCCAGAUGGUACUCUGGACAUGGCUAAGCAGCUGCAACGCUUAUACGGCGAGGACAAAAUAAUCCUGAAGCCCAGAGAAAAGAAGCUUGGGCUAGGAACCGCAUAUAUGCACGGAAUUGAAUUUGCAACUGGCAAUUUCAUCGUCAUCAUGGAUGCCGACAUGUCUCAUCAUCCCAAAUUCAUUCCAAAAAUGGUCGAGCUACAGCGAUAUCUCGACCUGGAUUUAGUCAGUGGCACAAGGUAUGCGCAAGGCGGCGGUGUCUACGGCUGGGAUUUCAAGAGAAAGCUGAUAAGCAGAGGUGCAAAUUUCCUGACUCAGCUCCUGCUGAGGCCUGGCGUGAGUGAUCUAACUGGCAGCUUUAGGCUUUACAAGAAAGAUGUGUUGAAAAAGCUGAUAACGUCUUGUGUCUCGAAAGGAUAUGUGUUUCAAAUGGAGAUUAUCGUCAGAGCUAGGCAGUGGAAUUACACGAUAGGAGAGGUGCCGAUCACAUUUGUCGACAGAGUCUACGGCCAGUCCAAGCUGGGUGGAUCGGAAGUGUUUCAGUUCGCGCAGGGUCUCCUGUAUCUCUUUGCCACUACGUAAACCGAACAUUCUAUUGUGAUAAUAACAGUCCCAUUUCCUCCGUAUGUCCUUGUCAAGUCUUUUGACAUAGAAAUAUAUUUCAGAUUUUGUAUCGGUCAGCAAAUUACUAUACAUGAUUACAUGUUAGAGAAUAAUUUUGUAUGUGUAUAUAUAUAUAUAUGUAUAUGAGAUGCUACAUACGUUUACAUAAAUAAAUCGAUAAGGCAUUACGUUUAA